UUAGGGUUAGGGGUUAGGUUUAGGUUUAGGGUUUGGGUUAGGGUUACAGGUUAAUUAAGGUCAGGGUAAGGGUUAGGGUUUUGGUAAGGUUAAGAGUUAAGGUUAGGGUUAGAGAUUAGGGAAAAUAGGAUUUUGAAUGGAAAUGAAUUUUAGGCCCCCACGUGUGUGUGUGUGUGUGUGUGUGUGUGUGUGUGUGUGUGUGUUGUGUCUGCACGUGCGUUCAUGCAUGAGUGUGUGUGUGGCUGUCCAUGCGUCUUAGCAGGGAUGAGAUUCAAUCUAAGACAAAUAUUCGUAGUCAAAAAUGAGUUCACGUCAAGCACUACCAAUUUGUCAGUUAAAUAGAUAUGCACUCUGCUAAUGAACCUUGUAUCACUAAUAUUUUAUCAAUAUUCCCAACAACCGCUAGGACCUAUUUUCAGCAGUCGCCACUCAUUACUUUUGCAGCAGCAGAUACAUUCUGAAAAUUAAUAGCUACACACUUGCUGCUACAUCAACCCCCUUCAUCAAAUUCUAAUGACAGGGUUGUACGACGCAGACACGACAAUGCAAACAAAGACAGGUGUGAUGAGAUGCCAGCGCUAAGGAAAUAAUUGUCUGCACAUUUUAGACUCGAAUUCCAUGCUGUCACUGUCACUUGUCCACUCAAGCUUAACAUUGUUGUCAUCUAUCGCCCACCAGGUGCCCUUAGAGAGUUCCUCAAUGAGCUUGUCACCUUGAUAAGCUAAUUUCCUGACGAUGGCUCACCUCUCUUCGUACUUGGCGAUUUCAACCUCCCGACGUCUGCCUUCGAUUAAUUUCUUUCCAACUCUCUCUUUCCCCUCCUUGCCUUUUUUGACCUCACCCUUUCCCAGUCCCCUCCUACUCACAAGGCAGGUAAUACGCUUGACUUCCUCUUUACUAGAGGCUGUUCUCCUACUAAUCUCACCAGAACCCCCUCCAGGUCUCUGAUCACUACUUUGUUUCCAUUUCUGUCUCCCUUUCCUCCAACCCUAGCCACUCAGCCCCUACCCGGAUGGUCAUGCAAAGUCGCAAUCUUCGCUCUCUCUCUCCCACUACUCUCUCCUCAUCUAUCUUAUCAUCUCUCCCUUCAGCUAAAUCCUUCUCCCUCCUGUCUCCUGAUUCUGCCUCUUCAACCCUACUCUCCUCCCUUUCCGCAUCCUAUGACUUUCACUGUCCCCUUUCCUCCCGGCCGGAUUGGCCCUCCCCUCCUGCUCCGUGAUUGAGAGAACAGAACAGGGCUGCGGGCAGCUGAGUGAAAAUGGAGGCAUGCUUCCACUCCCUCAUCUCUACCUUCUCUUCCUCUUUAUACACUGCUAAAGCCACCUUCUGUCUCUCUAAAUGUCAAGCUUCUGCCUCUAACUCUAAGAAACUAUUUUCCAUCUUCUCCUCCCUCCUUAAUACUCCACCCCCUCCCCCUCCCUCCUUCCUCUCUGCGGACAACUUUGUCAACCACUUUGAAAAGAAGGUUGACAACAUCCACUCCUCAUUCACUUAGUGUAUUGAGUCCACUGGUCCCACUCACAUAGAACUAACCUACGCUCUGACUUCUUACUCCCCUCUCUCUCCAAGCUCGUCUCUGUCCUGGCACCCCAAUGGUGGAACCAGCUCCCCCCUGAAGCUAGGACAGCAGAGUCCCUUCCCAACUUCCAAAAGCACCUGAAACCCUUCCUCUUCAAAGAGGUGACUCCACACAACCUUGUAUUCUAUCAGGAAGGAGAGGGAGAUGGUGUGUGUGUGUGUGUGUGUGUGUGUGUGUGUGUGUGUGUGUGUGUGUGUGUGUGUGUGUGUGUGUGUGUGUGUGUGUGUGUGUGUGUGUGUGUGUGUGUGUGUGUGUGUGUGUGUGUGUGUGUGUGUGUGUGUGUGUGUGUGUGUGUGUGUGUGGAGAGAGAGAGAGAGAAAAUGGGAGAGAAAGAGAGCGAGAGAGAGAGAGAGAGAGAGAGAGAGACGAGAGAGAGAGAGAGAGAGAGAGAGAGAGAGAGAGAGAGAGAGAGAGAGAGAGAACCCAACCCAAAAAUAGAGAGAGAAUGAGGAGCAUAAGCUCCUAUUACGAUAUACAGUGUCUCCCUUAAACCUCAUUACAUGGCAGUAGUGGGAUUCUGAUGAGGUUUCAGAGAAAUUAGCCAUAGAAAUGGAUGGAUCAUCUGCUCUCCAUUCCAUUCUAUAUCUGCAAUCUCCAAAGAACUGGCAUGAAUAACCCACACAUUCUCUCUCUUUCUCUGUUCUCCUUUCAGCUUGGCUCAGUGGUUAAAUCCUGUCCUACUCUCCAAUAAUCAGCACAAAGAGAAGUGGAAGGCGGGUGGGAACUUGGAAGCGGAGGGGAUCUCCUGGCUACGGUAAGCCCAAGAAGGGAUGCACAGGCUGGAGAGGAUAGUAGAGGGAACGUGGGCGUCUGGUGGUGCUGUUGAGAGAGAGAGAGAGACUGAAAGGUCAGCGUUUGAGAGUUGUGUAUAUCUAUUAGGCUAACACACAGAGCUGACUGGUUCCCCCUCUACUGCCUAUACUAUCCUCUUCCUCCCUUUGUCUCCUUCUCUCAUAUACUCUUCCACAUCAUCUACUGCUCUCCCAUCCUCUUCCACACCUUAUCCUGCUCUCCUAUCCUCUUCCACACCUUCUCCUUCUCUCCCAUCCUCUUCCACACCUUCUCCUGCUCUCCUAUCCUCUUCCACACCUUCUCCUUCUCUCCCAUCCUCUUCCACACCUUCUCCUGCUCUCCUAUCCUCUUCCACACAUUCUACUGCUCUCCUAUCCUCUUACACACCUUCUCCUGCUCUCCUAUCCUCUUCCACACCUUCUUCUGCUCUCCUAUCCUCUUCCAGACCUUCUCCUGCUCUCCUAUCCUAUCCUCCUCCACACCUUCUCCUGCUCUCCUAUCCUCUUCCACACCUUAUUCUGCUCUCCUAUCCUCUUUCAGACCUUCUCCUGCUCUCCUAUCCUAUCCUCCUCCACACCUUCUCCUGCUCUCCUAUCCUCUUCCACACCUUCUGCUCUCCUAUCCUCUUCCACACCUUCUCCUGCUCUCCUAUCCCAUCCUCUUCCACACCUUCUCCUGCUAUCCUAUCCUCUUCCAGACCUUCGUCUGCUCUCCUAUCCUCUUCCACACCUUCGUCUGCUCUCCUAUCAUCUCCCACACCUUCUCCUGCUCUCCUACCCUCUUCCACACCUUAUUUUGCUCUCCUAUCCUCUUCCACAACUUAUCCUGCUCUGCUAUCCUCUUCCACACAUUCUCCUGCUCUCCUAUCCUCUUCCACACCUUAUCCUGCUCUGCUAUCCUCUUCCACACCUUCUACUGCUCUCCUAUCCUCUUCCACACCUUCUCCUGCUCUCCUAUCCUCUUCCACACAUUCUCCUGCUAUUCUAUCCUCUUCCACACCUUCUCCUGCUCUCCUAUCCUCUUCCACACCUUCUCCUGCUCACUGAAUACAUUUAAUAAAUGCACUUACACACUUACACACACACACACACUAUGACCUCCCCUUUCCUCCUUCUCCAAAUAAGAUCAUUCCCACCACCUGGGUUGCCACAUAGCCAGUGUGUGACACAGCCUUGCCCCUCAACCAUCCAGCUCUGACACAGCCUUGCCCCUCCCCAUCCUGACACAACCUUGCCCCUCCCCAUCCAGCCAGCUCUGACACAGCCCCUCCCCAUCCAGCCAGCUCUGACACAGCCCUGCCCCUCCCCAUCCAGCCAGCUCUGACACAGCCUUGCCCCUCCCCAUCCAGCCAGCUCUGACACAGCCCCUCCCCAUCCAGCCAGCUCUGACACAGUCCUGCCCCUCAACCAUCCAGUCAGCUCUGACACAACCCUGCCCCUCCCCAUCCAGCCAGCUCUGACACAGCCUUGCCCCUCCCCGUCCAGCCAGCUCUGACACAGUUCUGCCCCUCCCCAUCCAGCCAGCUCUGACACAGCCUUGCCCCUCCCCAUCCUGACACAGCCUUGCCCCUCCCCAUCCAGCCAGCUCUGACACAGCCCUGCCCCUCCCCAUCCAGCCAGCUCUGACACAGCCCUGCCCAGCCCCUCCCCAUCCAGCCAGCUCUGACACAGCCCUGCCCCUCCCCAUCCAGCCAGCUCUGACACAGCCCUGCCCCUCCCCAUCCAGCCAGCUCUGA